GAUGACCUAGCUAGUCAUUAUCCCCUCUCUCAGCAUCUACCUCUCUGCACUAUCUUUUUCCUUGCUUGUGUCUGUGUUUGUGCGCUUCUCUUGGCGAAGUUAAAUGGGAAAAACAUCAAAGCAAAGCCUGAAGGACACUGCAAACACUAGCACAAAUCCUACAAACAAGGUGAAGCGGACACGAAAAACUGUUCCACGAGACUCUCCUCCUCAACGUAGCUCCAUCUACAGAGGCGUUACGAGGCAUCGAUGGACCGGACGUUAUGAGGCUCAUUUGUGGGAUAAGAACAGCUGGAAUGAAUCACAGAACAAGAAAGGCAGACAAGUGUAUCUAGGGGCCUAUGAUGACGAAGAAGCUGCUGCACAUGCCUAUGACUUGGCAGCAUUAAAGUACUGGGGACAGGAUACCAUCCUCAAUUUCCCUUGGUCAACUUACAAAGAAGAGCUCAAAGAGAUGGAGAGUCAGUCAAAAGAAGAAUAUAUUGGAUCGUUGAGGAGAAAAAGUAGUGGAUUUUCACGCGGGGUGUCCAAAUAUAGAGGCGUGGCCAGACACCAUCAUAAUGGAAGAUGGGAAGCUCGAAUUGGCAGAGUUUUCGGCAACAAAUACCUCUACCUCGGAACAUACGCCACUCAAGAAGAAGCAGCAACAGCAUAUGAUAUGGCAGCUAUAGAGUACCGUGGAAUUAAUGCUGUUACAAACUUUGACCUAAGCCGUUACAUCAAAUGGCUACGUCCCAGUAGCCAAAAUAAUGUUAACAAUCAUCAACAAAACCCUAAUGGUGAUGCUAAUCCGAUUCAAAACCUCGACCAAAAGAUUGAAUUGGAUUUCAUGCCCCACCAACAGAGUUCGAGUGUUAAUGAGAUGGAAGAGUUGACUGAUCCAGCUCGGUCUGGUGGCACAGGCGGCUCGGCAUCAUCAGCAUUAGGGCUCUUGUUGCAAUCCUCCAAGUUCAAGGAAAUAUUGGAAAGAACAUCGGCUUCCGAUUGCCCCUUGACGCCGCCCCCCUUGACGCCACCAGAAUCGGAACGUGAUCCGCCACGCCGGAGCUUCCCGGAUGACAUCCAAACUUUCUUCGAUUGCCAAGACUCUAGUGGUUACCCUGAUGGCGAUGAUAUUAAUAUUUUCGGAGAGCUAAAUCCAUUUGCUUCGCCGAUUUUCCACUACGAAUUGGAUGGACAGGAAAUGGUAUUUGGCGCAAAUAAGUCUAAUAUCCUUACAAUAUAAAUAUUUUUGGUUUUGUGAAUAUGGAGUCAAGGAUGAUGACAAGAGGGAAUUAAAGAUCGAUGAUGAUGAUGAUGAUGAUCAUGAAAAAGGGUAAGAUUAAAUAUUACAAUUCAUAUUUUUUUUUAGGCACAAUGCCUCUCUUCUUGGAUUAAAAUUUGGAAAGACGAGAGUUUGCUAAUCUUUAUUGUUUCAUUUCCACGUAGAUAAAGACAAAGUUAGACAUUCAUUUAUCAAUAUUUCGAUUAAUUAUAAGACAUUUUGGCA